AUGCCGGAAGACUUGUUGAUCCUUAUUCUAUCUCGUCUCCCUGUAAAAUCCCUCCUCCGAUUCAAAUCAGUCUCCAAAUACUGCUACUCGCUCAUCCAAAACCCUAGCUUCGUCUCUCUCCACCACAAUCAUGCCGCUGAAAACACCGACUGCCUCAUCGUCAAACGAUACCACAAAAAGGAUUUCUUACAGAGCCUGUCCUUGGUCUCCAACGAAACUCACUCCAACGAUCUAUACAUACCUUUCGCCGUACCGCCUGGACCACACGUUGGAGAUCUCUACCUCCUCGGCUCUUCCAAUGGCGUUGUUUGUCUUGGAAAUUCCUUCGCCAAAUUCAUGGUAUGCAAUCCCGCAACGAGAGAAUUCAAGGUUCUCCCUGCACCCCCUUAUCGUAAAAGGCACAGGCACGUUACUAGCCUUCUAGGGUUUGGUCUAGAUCCCGAAACCAAUGACUAUAAACUGCUCAGAGUCGCCCCACUAUAUGAGUACGACCCUAGGGUUUCUGCUAAAAUAUGUGUGGGGCAAAAAGUCCAAAUUUAUAAUAUGAGUGCGGACUCGUGGAGGGAAAUCGUCGCUACGGUGCCCAAAGAUGCCCUAUUGCAGCAUCGUGGGCAUUCUUUUGCCACAUUGUUGAAUGGGGUGUUUUAUUGGAUAUGUGUUGAUCGCGGUUGUAAAAUACUUGCCUUCCACAUGUCCGGCGAAGUGUUUGAACAAGUAUUUUUACCAGAGGAUAUAUUGGCAUUCUCUUCGUUACAAAGAAAAUUGGUGCCCCCGCUAUGUCAAAUUCCUGGGUCUGCCACUGCCCUUGCCCUUGUUACUUUGGAGUUUGACGAGUUGGCAAAAGAGCCCUGCCUUGGCAUAUGGUAUCAGACCCAUGUCCGCGUAUCAGAGUGCAUUGGGAUUUCGGAAAAAUGGCGAGCUUCUCUUUUUAGGAGCAACGAUUGCCGGAUGGUGUCGUACAACCUUGAUACCCGUAGCAUAAAAGAGUAUCAUGAAGUAUACGAUUAUCCGAGAUCAAUAGACUUUCGAGUUUUUCCCUACACGGAGAACUUAGUUUCAAUUAAGAAACGUGUUUAUUGA